UGAGUAACCACGGCAGUAGUGUUAUUCGUUAUUCUGGUACUUUUGUUUUCAGUGACAACUGUGCUGGUGGAAAAGAACCAAUAUAAAAUGGCUGAUCCAAGAGUUAAACAAAUCAAAAUUAAGACAGGUGUUGUCAAAAGGUUGACAAAAGAAAAGGUUGCUUAUGAAAAGGAAGUUGUCAAAACUGAGGAAAAAGUAGAAAAGAUGAAGGCAGAGAAUAAAGAUGAAUAUGAAGUCAAGAAAAUGAUUGAAGUUCUACAAGAAUCCAAGAUGAUGAUCCCAGAUACACUAAAGAGACUUAAUACUGCUUAUGCUGACCUAGAAAACUUACUGAAUAAAGAGGAGGAUCUAAACGAGACAGAGGAGUAUAAGGCUGGUAAAACUGCUCUAGAGGAAGCCAAAGCUGUAAUGCCAUCAUCAUAGGAACCCGCAUCACAUGUAUACUAAUUAUAGACUGUGCUACAGGUGUUCAACUGUAAACUGUGCUGUAAAAUGUUCCAACUGUAAACUGUGCUGUAAAAUGUCCCAUGUGUGAAAGAAGAGUCAAGACUGAUUGAAUGAUUUUUUUAAUUUUAAUUCAUUAUUGCCAAUAUAUUUCUAAAAGAUAAAUUGGUUCACUCAUUUCCUCUUGCAUGCAUAAAUUAUUAGCGUGAAUGAUUUUUUUAAUGCAGGAGUAAAAUUUUAGUACAUGAUGGCCAAUAUAUUUCUACAGGAUCAUAAAACACAGGAUUGAACAAUAAUUAAUUGCUUCACUCAUUUCCACUUACAUGUAUUUAUAUAUUUAUUAAUAACUCGAAACAAGAAUCCAUUUUGAAGUGUUGCAGUUGUACACAUAAUUACAUGUAUAUGUAUGUUAUAAAAGGAAAAAAAAACUCACACUUUACAUUAGAUUUUCUAUGGCUUUUGUAAAUGUGGGUUUUUUAAACUCAGCGGUAAACUAUACCAAGAAUUAAUUUAGUGAAUUUCAUAUUGAAACAUUUGUGUUCCAAUGCUUGUGUGAUGUACAUUUCCCUCUUAAAAUUAAUAUUUGAACAAAAUUUUGAAAGAAAAUAAAACUGUUUUUUUUUU